AUGCACACAAAGAGGUGGUUGCCUCAGGUGCUCGCACUGCAGACCGCCUGCCCUCAGGUGCCUUCUAUAAAUUUCAACCUCCGCCACCUCUCUCUCUUCUUCUCUCUUCUUCCUCUCCAUGCUCCAAUCAAGAUGGACCGCUCCAAGCCUGUUUCAAGCCUCUCACCAGAGGAGAUGAUUUCUUUUCACGUUACAAAUGCCCAGCUCGUCGAGCAACAGAGCCUUCCAAAGGCUGAAGAAUGGCGUUCCCUCCCUGAAAUGCCUCUUGCUCAGGAGUUAAUGACUUCUAAUCCAUCUUGCCCUCCCCACAAUCCAGUUCAUCGCCUUCCAGAGUCCAAAUCCAGCUAUCUUGGCACACAUUAUGAGCUCUCGCGCUACGAGGCCGUCGACCCUCUUCGCGGAACCAUUCACGAGUUUCGCCUUGACCCAACUGCCAAAGAUAGCCAAUACGGUUUCAUCUACACUGAAAUUCGCCCAAGAGGAUAUCUGUUAAGCCGACAGGGUGCAUGUUGCCGGAUAUCCUUCUCUACACAGAGAGCUCCUAAGCCUAUUGACUGGCGUGAAUCAGAUCGCCUAACUCCAGGCCAGUUAGUUGCGCUAUCUCCCUCUUCAGACAAUUUUCAAAACAUUUGCAUCGUGGCAACUGUUGCUACGCGCUCUUUUAAAGGAAAGGCCAUACCGAGCGCUGAGGCUGGAGAUGAUCCCUUUACACAGCCCCAGGUAGAGCUAUUCUGGGCUGACCCCAACGAAGCUGUUCUUGACCCAUUCGUGGAGUACGUAAUGCUGGAGGCAAAGGUUGGAUAUUUUGAGAACGUUCGUUACACAAUGCUUGGCUUGCAGCAUACGGCGCUUUCCAAGGUUUGUUUCUACUAUGGGAUCAUUUCAGUUCUAAUGAUUUUCAGUACUGCCCUAGACAAAUACAUCGUCGGAUGCCCGAAAACCAUACAACCAGCCCGUCAGCUGGCAGGCCAGCCUCAAGCCAAACCUGCAGCUGCCGACAAGCUCGACUUUUCUCAGGAAGCCGCAUGCAAGGCUAUGGUAACUGGCGAAUUCUCUAUCGUCCAAGGACCGCCGGGAACAGGAAAAACUUUCACAUCUACUGUCGCCAUCGAUAGUUUCGUUAGAACGCUGAAGGCCUGCGUUCGUCGCCCUGCGCCUAUCAUUAUUGCCGCUCAGACAAACCAUGCGCUAGACCAGCUCUUAGAAGAGUGCGUACGGUUGGAUUUGGGAAAAGUUGUACGCCUUGGUGGACAAUCCCGCUCUGAGACCAUUGGCCCUCUUACCAUUUACAAUGUUCGAGCAUACUCCAAGUUCCGAAGGCCUGACUCUGAAGGUCAAGCAGCCUGGAAACAAAUCUCCGCAGCUAUUGAGGAGCUGUUUGACAUGUAUUCUCGCAACGUGGUCCGCGCCAGCGACCUUCAUGACUUUAACUUGAUCACUGACGAGCAGUAUCAAUCUCUGCUUGACAUUGCAGCCCAGCAAGAAGGCGAAUUUAAGGAAACGCCUGAUAACCCUAUUUUCUCUUGGCUUGACAUUGGCUCUCAUACCAGCCAGAAAGAUAUGGAAGUUCAAACGCGUCUAGGCUUAAACCAGCUGAAUCUCCCACUUCUGGAGAAAUACAACGAUAUGGGAGACUGGGAUGAGGAUGACGCCUUUGAGCCUCGCAAAGGCCGAGCCCCCGAUGACGCCAAAUUCAAGCUUCGCGGCUUAUUCUUACCUUUCAACCCUCAACACAGCAUGUGCCAAGUGCCACAAGCUACUCUCUCUUCGAUUCACGGGCCCUGGCGUGGAAGGGCCAAAGAGGUUCUUGACGCUUACUCUAACCUCAGCGAUGUUCCCAAGGAUGAUAGACAGAGGCUCUACUUUUACCUUAAAACCCUUUUCAGAGAGCAGGUCAUUUCCAAGAUUCGAGAGCUACUCCCACAAUACAAAGAGCUCUGUGAUUCGUUACAAAUAACUCGCUGGGACACUACUCGCCACAUUAUCAACAGGGAAGGCUUUCAUAUCAUCGGCUGCACAACAACUGGCUUAUCAAAGUACCGCGGCCUUAUUGCUUCCCUCAUGCCCCAGGUAAUGCUUGUUGAAGAAGCAGCUGAAGCCAAAGAAUCAACCAUUACGGCUGCCAUAUUCCCAUCGCUGGAGCGACUGAUCCUAGUUGGAGAUCAUCAACAAUUACCACCUCACGUUGACAUCCACGGCCUGAAUGAAGAGCCUUUCAACCUCCAUGUUUCUAUGUUUGAGCGCUUGGUUAAGCUUGGAGCCCCUCAUCAUACACUCCAGAUGCAGCGCCGAAUGAUCCCAAGGCUUUGCGAGAUUGUCCAGACCUUCUAUCCAACGCUUAAAAAUCAUCCUGAUGUUUCUCAUCCUAACAAGCGCGCCUCUGUCCCUGGAAUGGGCGGUAAGAAUCUCUGGUGGUUCCAACAUAAGUGGGCGGAAUCACGAGAUAGCCAGCAUUCCUAUUUCAACUCUCAGGAAGCCAACAUGAUAGUCAACUUUUGCCAUUAUCUCAUCAACAGCGGCCUCCCAGCCCCCGACAUUACUAUCUUGACCUAUUACAAUGCGCAGCUUGACCUUAUUCAGAAGCUCAUCGGCCAGCAUACAGCCCUUAAGCAUUGCAAGGAUCAUCUAGGCCUUUAUACUGUCGACGGCUUCCAAGGCAAAGAAAACAAGGUCAUUAUUAUUUCCUUAGUUCGAAGCCCUGAUCCCUCCAAAGGCCAAACAAAAGCAAAUGCUGGAUUUGUACAGGAUGAGAACCGCGCUGUUGUAGCAACCAGCAGAGCAAAGCAUGGCAUGUUUAUUUUCGGCAACGUACGCAACCUUCUCGCUAGUACCGAUAGGAGCAGACAUACCUGGCAGAAAGUCUUUAAUGCAUUUGGGUCCCAAACCGGCAAUUAUCUCCCCCUAACACAUUCUAAGACUGGGCAACAAGCAACCAUUGCUUACAUUCAGGAUUGGGCACGCAUCCUAGGCAACGGCGUCACUACAGCAACGUGCAGCAGCAAAUGCCCUCGCGGGCAUCCCUGCAAAAAGGAAUACCAUGCUGAAAAUCAAACACACGAUUGCCAGCAACGUUGCUCAGGGAGGGCCUUCUGCGGGCACCCCUGCAUCAAGAUGUGCGGCGAAGUUUGCCAAUGCCUGCACAAGUGCUACGGGGCCGGGAGCCGGCUGGAGGGCUCUAGAAAAGCUCCAGAAGGCCCCAAAAAGGCUCCAUCGGGGCUCCAGAAGGCUCCAUCAGGCUCCACCAGGCCCCCCCGCCUGCCAAAACCAGCCUCCGUCAAGCGCCUCCAAAAAGGCGUUUUCCCGGCCGAGCCCAGGGCUGUAAAAAGCCCUGCAGACUAUACAAUCGAUGAGCUGUUGCACUACGGCUAUCGCAGGCUGGUGAUGGGGGAGAGGGUGGGGGAGGCGGCAUCGCCCGGGGCAGCCGUGCCCCAAACACUGGCUCAGAAAUGGGCCCCGAGCGUAUGCAGGAAGCGGGAGGAGGAGAUCCUGGGGAAGGGGAGGGAGGAGGAGGAGCAGCUGUUGAUUGAUUUUGGUAGUGACUAG